UGGAUGUGUGAAGCGUCCCCAUGGCUCGGCAGGAGGCGAAGCCCCAGGGCCGGAGGGAAGCUGGGCUGGCGGCGCGGGGGCGCAGGGGCCGGCCUGGGGCACGCUGGCUCGGCGGGGUCGGUGGGGGAGCCGCGUGCUGUCCGGGCGUGAAGGGCUCCGGGCCAGUGCGGGACCCCGGAGCCGCCGCGUCCCAGGAAGCGCCGCCGCCCCUGCUGCUGCCGCUGCUACUGGGACUCCUGCUGCUGGCGGCCCUGCCUGGGCACUGCCUGGCCAACCCGGGAACAAACAAUCUACAGAUAACUGUCACCCCAACCCCAGAAGCAUUUCCUCAUGGGAAGUUGUUACCGAUUUCACCAACAUGGCCUUUCUCAGAAGUCCAGUCUUCCUCAGCAGUGGACAGAAUCAAGAAUGUGCUGGGACCAUCCCCUGACAACACAAGCGUGCUACAGUUUGCCCGAACACCUCUUCCCAAGACACACCGCAGAGCUAGGGCUCACGGGGAUUUCUCUUCUUCCCCUUACCAAGGAAGUGGAUAUAGCACCUCCCUCGAGCCUUCCAAGGAUUCCACUGAGUCCCUGGUCCAACCAAGACCUCAAAGGGGAAAAGAAGCAGCUGCCGUGACAGGUUUGCCUCACUCCAGCAUGCUCCUCCCAUUGUCCACUGUCCCAUCAGUGACGUCCUUGAGUGCUGUCCUCCCAUCUCAGUCAGUACGGGUAGGGACUCCUUCCAUUUCACAACAGCAUUCCCCGAGAUCAGAUAUCCUCCCACUUCUCCCACAAUCUCCACCAUCCUCUUCAUUGACUCCUGACUCAUCUCGUUCCAUCGUCUUUUUUAAGCCAGCUGAGCGACCCACCAAAGUGCCUUUAUUCCCUCAAACAGCUCCAACUGAUUCCUCUUCAAGUCAGAGUGUAGCUGAUCCCCCAAACCCAUUUGCUAAUGAAAUGAACCACACUCCACCCAAAAAUGCCCAGGAUUUAAUAGGCAUCCCUCGCCUAAGUUUUUUUGGAUCCUCAACAAAGCAAUAUUUGGAGCUAUCCCCCACCAAGGGUCCUCGCUCAGCAGGCUCCCCCACUCCCGAGUUUUUGAGUUCCAUGGCAGAAUUGGCCCAUCUGUCUCCCCGUCCCCUAGCACCUGGAAGUCUGCAGCUUCCAGGUAGAACUCCCUCAGGGUCAAGGUCGGAAGUGGCUUCAAGUCCUGCAUCCACCCAGCCUGUCGAAGCUGAGGUGGCUGAAAGAGUGCACAAUGGGGUGUCUUGGCCGGCUUUGAAGAGUGCAGCAGCGAACCAUGAGGCCGUGCCUUCACUGUUCCAGACUGCAGAAUCAGUGGCAGUGGAAAUGACCAGCACAAAGCUAGCCCCUGCUACUGCAAAUGAGUCUGCUAACCCACUGCAUUUGUCAGCAGCUCCAGAGAAUUCCGAAGGGCCCACCCUUUCAGCAGAACACACAUCCUCCUCUUUGGUGCCUUCUCCUCUGCCUCUCACCACAGCCGACCGGGGACAAGCCAUCCUUUCUGGGACGAUUCCUGCAUCUCCAUCGAAUGGCGCAGCACCAGGCUUUCCCUCCACGGUCACUUUCUUCCAGCUGGCACAGAAUCAUGCCUCGCCAUCCGCCGAACCCAAAAUGCCAACUCCUCAGAAAGAGGGCUAUGAGGGACCCCCUCCUACAGCAGCUACAGGCUUCCUCCUGUCAAGCCAGUUUCCUAAUUUCCUCUCCACGACUUGGACAUUUCCCCUGCAGAAAGAAGAUAGUGUAAUAGCUGUUUUAAAGAAAAACAAAAAGGCAAAUUCGACAGUUGCUCUCCAGACCCUUCCAAGUAAGGAGAUUCCAAGUCUUCACACUGUAAGUGGAUUCACCUCCGAUUUUAGCACUGAUCGCAGUUCAUCUACUGUCAUUACAACACCAAGAACAAACCUUCCAUCAGAAUUACCUCCACGUUCCAUCCCCUCCAUACUCGCCUCCCAGACUGUUUCCCCAUCUCCCAGCUUUUCCAACAGCAAGCCAGAGACUUACACAGCUGCAACAGACCAUUCUGAGUUGCCAGUUUCAUCUUCCAAACAGGUGACAGCAUUUCCCUCCAAUACUGAGGUCUAUGAUUUCUCAACAAUGGGAAACGUGAAAAAGCCAGCAGUCACAGAUGUCUUCUGGAGUUCUCUUUCAGCAGAAACUGGAUCCCUUUCCACAGAACCAAUGCUAUCUGGCUUGCUGCAGCAAACAAAUAAUGAUCUAAAUGGGCUCACAAUUAACUCCACAAGUUGGGAAACUCAUUCAGCUUCAUCUACUGCUCCCAGCGGUUUAACUUCAGCUGUUCGUACCAUAAAACCUCAGGAUUUCAAAGACACUGCUGGGCAUUUAGCAACUGCAGAAGGCGUUAGCAUUCAGGAGCCAGUCCUUGAUACAAGCACCAACCAGCCGGUCCAACAGGCAGAUGUUACUGUGGUUGGAAACCACACAGAUGUCUUGUCCACAAGUAAUAACAACCAUUCCAGAGGCUUCCAAGCAGCUGAGGUUGAAGAUUACCCACCUGCAAGUCAACAGGUCUUGUCUCAUCCCCGUCUGCAGCUACCUGCCCAUCCAAUACAUUCUCUCUUGCUAACCUCUACAAGUCUGCCUUCCACAGCUGGCUCACAGGAAAUGCUUUCAGAUGGAACGGAUACAAGUCUCCAAAUUUCCAGUAACAUCUAUCCGUCUCCUGUACUAAAUGCUUCCGCACCAUUCCAGAGUAUCCUGAGGCAUCACUCUACUGCUGAAUCUGCUCUGUCAACCAGUGCCUUAUUCAGGCCCCCUUCCAAAGUGCUGCUGGCUUCUCAGCGCCCCAAGAAAUGGACAGGUGCAGCCACUAAUGCAGGUAGUUUGCUUCCUGGCACCCAGAAAACAGGGGACUUCUCAGUAUCGCCCAAGGCAGAACCGACAGUAGCAGCCGCAGCUACGCUGUUUCUGAGGAAGUCAAGUCCACCAGCGCUGUCUGCAGCCCUGGUUGCUAAAGGUACCAGCAGCAGCCCUUUGGCCGUGGCCUCGGGAUUAGUUAAGAGCAGUCUGACCACUGCUGUAGCUAAAAAUGUCACAGACUAUGGAGCAUCUGGCCCGAAGGCCACACCAGGGGCAGUCCAUCCAGCCUUCUCGAUCACACCAACCUACAUGUUUGCAAGAUCAGCACACACCAUGAGCACUCACACAGCCAGGCAAGGGAACGUGGGCACUGCCUCUGGCCUGUUGUCCACAACACACCUCCCCAGGAAACCACAAGCCAUGCACACGAACUUCCCAAACCCCACCAGCCUGGACAUGCCCAGGGCAGCCACCACACGCCCGCUGACAAUCACAGCAGCCUUGACGUCCAUGACCGCACCAGUAAGGGCCACCCGCGUGCCACCUCUGCCGGCAGAAAACUCAGAUACUGCCCUUCCCGCUGCGUCAACACCUAUGGUCACGACUGGCAAAAUGGCAUCCAACCUGGAGUGUCAGAUGUCCAGUAAGCUCCUGGUGAAGACGGUUCUCUUUCUGACCCAAAGGAGAGUGCAGAUCAGUGAAACCUUGAAGCUCAAUGUGGCCAGAGGGCUGACACAGGCAUUGCGGAAGGCGUUCCACCAGAAUGACGUCUCGGCUUACGUGGAUAUCCUGGAACAUUCUCACAACGUCACAGUUGGUUAUUAUGCUACCAAAGGGAGGCUGGUGUACUUGCCUGCCGUAGUGAUCGAAACGCUGGGUGUUUAUGGGGUCAGCAACGUCACUGCAGACCUGAAGCAACAUACCCCGAACUUGCAGUCUGUGGCACUACUUGCCUCUCCAUGGAAUCCCCAGCCUGCAGGCUACUUCCAGCUGAAAACAGUGCUUCAGUUCGUGAGUCAGUCCGACAACAUACAGUCCUGCAAGUUUGCUCAGACGAUGGAACAGAGGCUACAGAAGGCCUUCCAGGAUGCCGAGGGGAAGGUCCUGAAUACCAAGAGCAACCUGACGAUUCAGAUUGUGAGCACGUCCAACGCUUCCCAGACAGUCACGUUGGUGUACGUGGUGGGCAAUCGGAGCUCCUUCCUCAACGGCACCGUCGCCAGCAGCCUCCUCCGCCAGCUCUCGGCUGAGCUGGUGGGGUUCUACCUCACCUACCCGCCGCUCACCAUUGCCGAACCACUGGAAUAUCCCAACCUUGACAUAUCAGAAACAACCAGAGACUAUUGGGUAAUUACAGUGCUGCAGGGUGUGGACAAUUCGCUAGUGGGCCUACACAACCAGAGCUUCGCCCGGGUCAUGGAGCAGCGCCUGGCCCAGCUGUUCAUGAUGUCCCAGCAGCAAGGUCGGCGGUUUAAACGGGCCACCACCCUGGGAAGCUACACUGUGCAGAUGGUGAAGAUGCAGCGGGUGCCGGGACCCAAGGACCCAGCGGAGCUGACUUACUACACCUUGUACAACGGGAAGCCUCUGCUGGGGACUGCGGCUGCCAAGAUUCUAAGCACCAUUGACUCCCAGAGGAUGGCCUUGACCCUGCAUCACGUUGUCCUUCUGCAAGCUGACCCCGUGGUGAAGAACCCACCCAACAACCUGUGGAUCAUCGCGGCCGUGCUGGCGCCCAUUGCCGUGGUCACGGUCAUCAUCAUCAUCAUCACGGCCGUGCUCUGCCGCAAGAACAAGAACGACUUCAAGCCGGACACCGUGAUGAACCUGCCUCAGAGAGCAAAGCCUGUGCAAGGCUUUGAUUAUGCCAAACAGCACCUGGGCCAGCAAGGGGCGGAUGAGGAAGUCAUCCCUGUGACCCAGGAGACGGUGGUCCUCCCACUCCCUGUUAGAGAUGCUCCUGCCUCACAGGAAAGGGACGUCCUCCAAGAUGGAAGCACCAUCAAGACGGCAAAGUCCACGGAAACCAGAAAGAGCAGGUCGCCGAGUGAGAAUGGCUCUGUCAUCAGCAACGAAUCAGGGAAGCCCAGCUCAGGGAGGCGCUCGCCCCAGAAUGUAAUGGCACAGCAGAAAGUGACAAAGGAGGAGGCACGGAAGAGAAAUGUGCCAGUAAGUGAUGAAGAGGAAGGAGCCGUUCUUUUUGACAACUCCGGCAAGGCAGCUGCUGACCCCUUUGACACGUCUUCAGGAUCUGUGCAGCUCAUCGCUAUAAAACCCACAGACCUCCCCAUGGUGCACCCCACCUCAGACAGGAGCCAGGAGUCAGCAGUCCUCAAUGGUGAGGUGAACAAAGCCCUGAAGCAGAAGUCAGACAUCGAGCACUAUCGGAAUAAGCUGCGCCUCAAAGCCAAGAGGAAGGGAUAUUACGAUUUCCCCGUAGUGGAGACGAACAAGGCUCAAACGGAAAGAAAAAAGAUGUACGAAAAAGCCCAAAAGGAAAUCGAGCACGUGUUGGAUCCAGACCCAGAACUGUGUGCCCCAUUUGCUGAAUCUAAAAACAGGCAACAGACGAAAAACUCUGUCUACCGAAGCCGGCAGUCUCUGAAUAGCCCGAGUCCAGGGGAAACAGAGAUGGACCUUCUGGUGACUCGUGAGCGACCCCGGCGUGGAAUCCGUAACAGUGGAUAUGAUACGGAGCCUGAAAUCAUAGAGGAAACCAACGUUGACAGAGUUAAGCCCCGAGGCUACGCCAGGUCGAGGCAGGUGAAAGGCCACUCGGAGACCUCCACGCUGAGCUCCCAGCCCUCCAUCGAUGAGGUCAGGCAACAGCCAUGCACAUUGCUGCUGGAGGAGGCCUUCAGCCUGGCGUCCGCGGGCCAUGCCGGCCAGAGCCGGCACCAGGAGGCCUACGGCUCAACACAGCACCUGCCCUACUCGGAAGUGGUGACCAGCGCCCCUGCCAUGACGCGGCCCAGGGCUGGGGUGCAGUGGGUGCCAACCUACCGCCCAGAAAUGUACCAGUACAGUCUGCCCCGGCCGGCCUACAGGUUUUCCCAGCUUCCUGAAAUGGUCAUGGGCUCUCCCCCACCACCUGUACCUCCUCGGACUGGCCCUGUGGCCGUUGCUUCUCUCAGGCGGUCCACCUCGGACGUCGGCAGCAAGACCAGGAUGGCCGAGUCCGCCGGGCCGGAGCCGGCCCAGCUGCACGACAGCGCCUCCUUCGCGCAGGUGUCCAGAGGCCCCGUGUCCGUGGCGCAGUUGGAUCAGUCGGCUUUAAAUUACUCAGGUAAUACAGUGCCGGCAGUGUUUGCCAUCCCAGCUGCCAACAGACCCGGCUUCACCGGCUACUUCAUCCCGACACCUCCCUCAUCCUACAGGAACCAGGCCUGGAUGUCCUAUGCAGGAGAGAAUGAGCUCCCGAGCCAGUGGGCCGACUCGGUCCCCCUCCCAGGGUACAUCGAGGCUUACCCCCGGUCACGUUAUCAGCAGAACUCUCCCUCCAGGCUCCCUCGCCAGUACAGCCAGCCAGCCAGCAUGCACCCCAGCUUGGAGCAGGCCCCAGUGCCCUCCACAGCAGCGUCCCAGCAGAGCCUGGCGGAGAACGACCCAUCUGACACACCCCUGACCAACAUCUCCACAGCGGCCCUCGUGAAGGCCAUUCGGGAAGAGGUGGCCAAGCUCGCCAAGAAACAGACAGACAUGUUUGAGUUCCAGGUCUAAUGCCUUAGCCCGAUGGGACUUCCAAACGCCACAAAGACAGUCUUCGGGUUUCUCAAGCCUAAUGUGCUGGGACUUGAGGCCUAGACAACAAGUGAGUCUUUAUCACCCGCAGUUUCUGAAAAGGUGAACAGUGGGGCUUCUGGGAAACAGAAGAAACUCUUAAAUGACUGGAUUCUCAGCUUAUUCAACUGAUUGUACAUCAAGAAGUCCUUACUUGGGACCAUAUGUUUGAUAUGCUGUUAUGUUAAAUGUUUUGAACUGUGGGUGUAUUUCCCUAAGGAGCCUUAGUUACAAGAGACACUAGCUAACCUACAGAUUUCUGUUCAAUGCCCCAUUUCAAUAAAUCACCAGGAGGAGAGAACAUAGCUCUAUCUUCGGUGACCUCUGCAUGUUAACUCUGUUUCUGUGUUAAAGGCAAUUCAGGCGUGUGAUUAAACACCAGACUGUACUCUCUCUCAUUCAGCCAUGACGUUAAUCGGUAAAAUCACCUCUGGUCUAUAAGGGGGGUACUGACUCCAGCCAAGAAACUUAAGCCCUUUUCUUUUAAAGAUUCAUAUUCAUAUUGGAAGAAAAUCAGUGCUAUCGAUGAGAUGACUGUACCUAUCAAUAGUCCUGACGCUUUUUUCCCCCCAUUAAUUAAACAAAGGCCAAGAAAGAGAAGAUGAGCGGGAAUGGUCGAUUUGUGUUGACAGGUUUUCAAAAAGGUGUUAUUUUGGAACUGAAGUACCCUGCAAGUUGGGAUCUAACCGAAAGAGAAGCAGUGCUAAGAGCUUUUAGAAACCUACAAAAGAAAAACAGCGAUUGGUGGAGUUUUUGUUUGUUUGUUUGUUUGUUUUGGGGGGAUAUUGUUUUCUUUCUUUUUCUUUUUUUUUUUUUUUUUGCCCUGCAAUGAAGAUGGCCUGAGAAUGAAGCAUCUCUCUUUUUUGGAUUAAUAGAUACAUUGACUUUUACAAGAAAAACUCUGUCUCUUCAACAAUGACGUCCAGCCUCUGCAGAUGAGUUAUACAAAAGGAACUAGUAAUUAAUGCCUGCUACAAGCAGGAAUAGUGGAUCCACCGUUUCCUUAGGCUGCACUCUCUGUUUAUAGAAGCUUCUGAAUGUAGGAAAUCUGUUGAUUUACACUGAAAUGUAAAUAACGUUUUAAAAAGUGUAUGGAGUUAGCCAGUCCUCUCCCUUCCCACCCCCUGUAGUUAAUGGAUGCUGGAGGACAUUUGCUGAAAUGGCAGGUCUGCUGACCUUGUGAAGGUGAGGUUGCAAAUCACCCUCCCUGCCAUGGCCAGUCAGCUUCCAGAGCUCUGGGUGGUCACUGUCUUGAAACCCUGAGGCACUGGCCAUAGAGGGUCAGCGCAAAGCAAAACAGCUGCUGACUUCAGGGAGCCUGGAGGAGGAAACACGCUGGUUCCCUCACCAACUUAGGGAGCCAUGCACGAUGUUGGGGAUUCACUUGGUAUCUGUUGGAGAACGAGGUUCUGUCCUGUCUUCACCCAAGAUCCAUCUGGCUUCAGCUAUAUCCAUUCCUUCUGAGCCCAUCUCUCCAUUCUCCUCAUGAGUUUCUUUGGUCUUUACUGAGAGAAGGUGGAAAUUUAAAAGUUGAGAGAAAAGUAGGAAUGGAACUGAUUAGAAUGGGAGAUUCAAACUGUCAAAGCACAGACUUUUCAAAGAAGCUGUUUUUAUUUCCCAAUGGCAAAUUGCUCUUUCUGGAAUGUUCUAGAGAUGAUGUAUCAUGGAAUCCCCAAACAAGCCUCUUGUUCAGAUGAUAUUAGGUAGUGUCCUUUUGGUAUGCUGGUUGAUCUUUCAUAGUGGUAGUUUUUUGUUACUUAAAACGAAAUCAGCUAUAAAUAAAAUGUAUUUUUGUAAUUUCCAUGUGUAUAUACAGUAUAUUUCUACCAAUGGUCAGUUGUUGUAGUCCAAAACCUAAAUCAGCUUGCAAAACACUGGACAGUGCAAGAUUUUAUCGACAGAUUAACGCAAUGCCUAAGUCUAUCCAAAUUGGUAUUCAAUGCACUUGAAUGAACAAAGAGCCAAAGAAACUCAGCCUUUUCAUGCAAAUGGUAUGAGUCUGAUAAAGUCAGCUACAUUGUCCCGCCUUAUCAAUAAUAUUAAUAUUUCAUCAGUGCAAUGACAUCAACCCAGUGCUUUGUCUACUUGGUAAAUACCUAGAAAUACUGUUAUGUGAAAAUGAAGUUUUAAGAACUUAGUGUCAUUAAAAUACAUGCACAUGCUUCCAAGGCAGUGUCUGAGCUGUGGAUGUGCCAGUGAUUUACAGAGAAUGAGCCUAUGGUUUGCAGUGGUGUGGCUCCAGAUGGCUAUGAGGUUGGAGAGAAAAAUCAUUGCGGUCUUUACAGAACCCCAUGAAAUACUAAGUUAGUCAACUGAGACAACUAAAAAUACAGCAUGCUAAAUCAGACACUCCCUUAAACUAGACACCACAGUUUAAGAAAAGUAUAUGGGAGGAAAACUAAGUUGAAAGAAGUCCCUCUGUUCAUGUGUUCCCACCAAUGGGGAGACAGCCACCAUUGUUUGAUUUUCUGUGACGAAGAUGUAGUCCCAUCUCUGAAGUCUCCUGAACUCAUGGAGAUGACAGAUACCUGGACAGCUGGUUCAGUGAAAAGGCAGAUGGUCCAAAGUGCCUCGUGGAAGUACAAAUAGAGUUCCAUGAGAACCCAGAGGCUUUGUGUUCCUCAUGACCCUCCAGAUAGCUGAAGAAGCCAGAAAGACCUUGGUGACCUUGGAGAAGGAAGUGAAAGUCCAGAGACAUGAAGUGACCUGCCUGAGGAUUCCAGCCCAAGCCUGCUGAUUCAUGAUCCAACUUGCUUUCCAUUUCACCAUGCUGCCUGCACGCUUGUCUAUGAUGCAUUUCUUGAACUCUGCUAGGAAGUUUAAAAAGUAGACAAGGGUCAUAUAAGAGAUUCCCUAUGUUCUUGUGAAGACAAAAGAUGACUGAAUAUGUAAAGAACUUCAGAUAAAGUGUAUAGAGAACAAUGCAUUUGUGGCAUAAUAAACAUUUUUUGGAACUAGUUUUGAUGUGAAUUUUCUGCAUUCUGAAAAGAAAUGCAUUAUGGCUUUUCCCAGAAAGUGCCAUCAAGGAAAUGGUGUUCUCAACUGCUGUUCAAGAUUAGGGGUGUAUUCCUCUCUCGGUGCCAUGGAUCCAAACAGGCAGGCAGGGAGGCCCUGAUAACUUGUCAUUGGGAGGUAGCAGAUUCCAUGUUCUGCACUCGGGAAGGCAGUCCGGUGGUGCAGGACAGGACCUGUUGUGUGCCCUGGUACUUAGGAUCUGAAAUAGCAGCUGUUACCUAUGGAGCAGCAAGUUGCCUGUUUCAUCGUGUGCUAUGAACUGUAUCCCACCACCACCACCACUAAUUUAUGUGUUGAAAUCCUAACCCCCACUGUUAUGGUGUUAGGAGGUGAGGCCUUGGGAAGUGCUUAGAUCAUAGGACUGGAGACCUCAUGAAUGGAUUUAGUGUCCUUAUGAAAAGGACCCCCUCUCCCCUCGGAGAGCUCUCUUGCCUUCUUUUCUGCCUGGGAGGAUAAAAUAAGAAGUCGACAGUCUGCGACCUAGAGGACGGCUCUCACCAAAACCCCACCAUGCUGGCAUUCUGAUCUGAACUUCCAGCCUCCGGAACUGUGAGAAAUAAAUUUCUGUUGUAUGUAAGUCCCCCAGCCUCUGGUACUUUGUUAUAGCAGCCUAAGCUGGCUAAAACAGGAUGGAUUAUGUAAGAAUCAAUUCUCUAGUCCCAGGAGAAGUUAUCUGUGCAUUUUUUAAUUUAAGAAUUCAGCAGACGGGCAUGUACUUUCUGAGUAAUCUGGAUGGAAGAAUGGAUAGGAAAUUGUUAGAUUUAUAAUUUAAAAAAAACUUCUGAGAGAGAGUACAGAUGGAGGAGGAGAGGAAUUUAAAUACCUGACUAGAGGAAAUGCUUCUCUAACAGGCAGAAAUUAGGGAAAUGGAUCAAAAGAUUUAAAUAUUGAUUAGAGAUAAAUAAACUUUUUUUUUCUACAUAACACCCAGGCACUCAAUGUUUAAUGAAUAAAGUAACAGAUAGUAUUUUAAAAGAUUGAGAGCAGAAUUUAAACUUAACCCAUUCCUUCUUCCACACACCAGAAAAUAGUUUGGACUUACAAAAUACAGCCAAACGCUCUUAGGGAAAGACAGUAAGUUAGCUUGGAGCAGUGACUGACUCAGACACAGCAAGUAUUGUAGAUUAAACUCUGCCACUGAGUCAGCUCUAAAGGUAUUUUAGUCAAGGAACUUUGCAAGGACUAGAAACCCAUUCACACUUGCUAAUUCAUGCUUUCAAGGGUUGACUGAAAGAUAGAGGGCCCUUUCAUAGAAACAAAACACAGUUCCCAUAUGGGAAAGAGAUGGAGACUGCGUCUUCUCUUUUGUCCUGAUGUUCUCUCUCCAAGCGAGUUUCAGCUCUGUUUCUCUCUGCCUGUCUGCUCAGAUCUCUUGCUUCCCUCAGCCUACUAGCUUUCUCUGUUUUCUCAUUGUUAUAUGUGCAUCUAAAAAUCAACCCUGCGACCCAUUCCACACAACCUUUCCUUUUUAGUACCCAUCCCUUUCUAACUCUGUGCCCUCCAGGGCAAAUUCUUGAGAGUCUGAUUGGUCCAGUUCAUGGAUCAGGCACCCGUGGGUCAGGUGUCUAUCCAAUCAGCUGUAACCAAGGAGGCAGAGUCGUGUAACAAGAGCAUAUCCCCUGGGACUGACCCUUUCAAUGAGAGCUUUUGUUGAGGCCUAGUACCCAAAGGAAGGAGCAUGAAUGGACAGGACCUUCAAAGGAACCUGCAAUUGACCAGUAAAUACUAGAAGUGACCAAUAUUCCUCGGAUGCCAGCCAGCAGGUGAGUAGUCCCCAUGGAUACUGCCAGAGAGAGGAGAGGACUUCCUUGAUUUGUAAAUCAGUGAGAAUGCGUUAGUUAGCUUGAAACCAUGGCGGACUGUCCACACCUGACCCAAUCACUUCCCACCAACCACCAGUGCUAUUGAUGUUGCUGCUGGAUCUAAGAAGUGAUUUCUAACCAAGGGCCAGUUAGCACAAUGUCUUGCUCAGCAGACAAUAAAUACUUGUAAGUUGAAAUGCAUGAUCUCAGCUCAAGUGCUAUCAACAUGGCUGCCGGCCACACACUUGCAUGGAUGAGAAAACCCAUGAGCCCUCAAAAGAAUCUUUGGAAACAAAAUUAGUUUCAAGGGAAAUUGAUAUUCCUGUGGCUCAAACAUAAUAAGUUAGGAAUUGAAAGGUCUCUUGAUUUCUCAAGGUGAAGUGUUACGGGAUCCUAGCCUGUGGUAGGUGCUAACAUGUAGGGUAUUUCUGGAAAGGAAUACUUAGGAAACAGAAUUAAUAGUGCCAGAAACAAAUUCUUUUAAAGGAUAUCAAGUUGCUUUGAUUUUGCAGAUUUCAAAAAGAGGGAAAUUUGGAAUGUGACAGCAUUUGUCCCCCUAGAUCAAACCCAACUUCAGUAAAAGCUACCAUAUAAUAAAAUCUAGAAAUUGAUUGUUUGUAUUCUCUGACCUUGGCCAGACUGUUGUAAAUUAUGGAGGGAGGCUUAUAUUUAAAUUUACAUUUAAUAUAAAUUAGCUGGGGCCUGACCUUAUUUUCCCCCGUUUGCACCAUAUGUCUAAACUCACCCCUAAUCCACACACAAACCGAGAGAAUGUUUGUAGCAAUCAGAGGAGUACCAUUGGUCUGGAAAUUUUGAAAAAGGCAUAAACUGUCAAGUUCUUAGUCAACUCACUAUAAAUCAGUCUCUGAUUCCUUAUCUGUGUAACGAAUGGGUGAUCACAACAUCAGCACUUCUUACUUCCUGUGGUGGUUAUUAGGAGAAUGUGGCAUAAUGGAUGUGAAAAUGCUUUGAAAAGUAUAUUUGAAGGUCUUCUUGCUAAAGUAUUGGCUUCAUAAUUCCGUUUUAUCUGACAAAACAUCUCCUUCCAUCCACUGAACUAAUUUGUCAUAUGUUCUAUGAAAUUUUUUAAAUUUAUAUUCUAUAAAAUAAAUAAAUGACUAAGCAAGCCGUUCUUAAGUUUGGAGCUGCCCACAGAAAAGGCCAGCCUCAUCUGGAGCUAUAUUUUGCUGCUGCUGUUGUUGUCUAUGAUUUGGAGGAUGUGUAAGUACUCAUACAUGUGCUUUCACUCUGGGUGGAAAACCCAGACUGGGGCGAUUCCUUACCAACCCCCUUAGACACAUUGGGCAAAGACGAGUACUGAACCGGAGCCUUGACUGUAGCUGUUGUCAUUUAAUGCUUUGCUUUCUAAUAAACUUUGUACGUCCUUGGCCUCUGCCAGGAACAGAGUGUUCAUUUGCUGUCAGAAUUUUUUAUUGUAAAAUAAAAUGGCAAAGGCUUUCUCAU